ACUGGUACUGAUAGGUGGCACUGAUUGGCAGCACUGAUAGGUGGCACUGACUGGCACUGAUGGGUGACACUGAAAGGCAGCUCAGAUGGGCACUGAUAUGUGGCAUUGAUGUGCACUGGUGUGCACUGAUAUGUGACACUGAUGUGGCACUGAUGGGCAUUGGCACGAGGCACUGACAUAAGGCACUGAUGGACACUGACAGGUGGCACUGCUGGGGCUACACUGAUCAUCAGGGCACACACUGUCAGCGUGACAGCUCGAGAGGAGAGAAAUGCCGAUAACCGGCAU